AUGUUUCGGAAGGUUGGUAAUCUCAUUAAAAAUCUCUCAUCCUUCAAAAUUUUCAGACUUUUUCCUGGCUUCUUCUGAUUAUAGCAUUCCUCAGCCUUGUUCAUCACGUAGAGGGCAAGAUAAGUAAGUUUUUGGUUUUCAUGAUCAUACUUCUACAUAGGAGGGUACACGGCGUUUCUAAUGGGGUGAGGGGGAGUUUACAAAAAGAAGUAAGUGCGCGCUGCGGAUAAUAUGACGUCACCAAUUACACUUAUUCAACGUUAAUAACUUAUUUGUUCGAUCGUCUUUGCCUUCGUACUUGAGACUUCUAUUUUCGCGCCAGGAUCAGAAUUUUUUUGACGUCUCCCACCCCGUUUUGGAACGCCGUGAGAUCUUGAAAAGUAAAAAAAAAAAAACGAAAAAUCGAAGAACAAAAAUGAAGUCUUCAGAAUCGUUCUACACUUGCAAAAGCGACCGUGACUGUCCUCCCAACUUUUAUUGCCUUAAUCACGUCUGCACCCUUCGAUCGGCUCCACGACCUUCAGGUCCAAAAUUCCCAUACGGACCUUGGGGAUAA